AAAAAAAAAAAAAAAAAAAAAAGGGCCGGGUCUGUUAUCAUUUUCACUUUCUCCGUUUCUCAAUCUCUCUCAAACUGAAUCUCCACAGCUCAGUCCUCCCUCUCGAAUCUCGAUAGCUGAGCUCCCUCCCUCCCUCCCUCAACUCCUCUGAAGUCGACUCCGACCACCACCACCAGCUCCUCCCAACUCCGACCACCACCUGACGGUCAAUCUCACUAAAGCAGGCGUCGACUCGUACGCUCUGUGGUUCCGGAAAUGGAGUUGGCGAACAAGGUGAUGAGCGCCGCCACGAGAGCGGUGAGCAACAACACGGUGAUAAACGUGGCCCUGGUGGGUGCGUUCGUUGCACUGAGCGUAAGGUCGGUGAAGCAGCAAAACGACAUCGAAUCGCUGGAGGCGGAGAAGGCGUCGCUCAUCAAGUCGAACAAGGCGGCGAAGCAGACCUUGUGGGACUGGAAGCAGCAGCUCUUCGCGGAUGCCGCCUCCGAUGACUCUGCCCUGGUUCCGCUUUCCAGGCUCAAAGCCAUCUACGGCGAAGCCCCAGUCUCACAAAUUGGUGAGGUUGUGAAGGAGGAAUCAAAAUCUGCUGCCCCCAAAUUUGUGGUCUGAUGAGAUUUGAGGUUUUUACAAUUUUGGGACAUUUGGGUUUCUGAUUAAAUGUGUCAAUGUUCAUAGAUUUUUAUCAAUCUUAGAGGCUUAGAUGGAUUGUAGACCAAAAAGUGAGAGAGUCGGAUGAACUGAUUCUGAAUUUUUAAGUUGUAGUUGAAAGGGCUGUUUGUUUUUGCAAAUUACAAUGCUACAAUGCACAAGAAACUCGAUAUUUUCUUUCGUUUCGAAGCAAUUGCAGCUGAGUUAAAUGUCUUGCUUUCAUUUGAUGAUUGAGAAUUUGGACCGCUUGUGUUCAAGUGUUGUGCCA